AUGGUACCUCUUUCGGCCAUUGUAGAAUCCAACAGCCGCAUUGCUUCAACAUUCCCCAAGGGACUCGUGGCCGUCUUUGUUGGUGGCACUAGCGGGGUCGGUGAGUAUACCGUCAAAGCGUAUGCCAAAUAUGCACCCGCUUCCUCCCGAGCCUAUAUCAUAGGUCGAUCAGAAGACGCCGCCAACCGUAUCAUCGCCGAGUGCACGCGGCUCAACCACACACUUAAGGUUGAAUUCAUACAAGCCGAUGUCAGCCUCAUCAAGGCCAUUGAUGAUGUCUGCCGCCGCAUUGCAAGCAAAGAGUCCGCCCUCAAUAUUCUCGUCUUGAGCCAGGGCAGCAUGGCUUUUACCGCAACAACAAGUGAAGGCCUCCCCCUUGGCCCAACCCUUACCACACACUCUCGCAUGCGCUUCAUACUCAAUCUGCAGCCUCUGUUGCAGGCCGCACAAACCGAAGCCCAACAACCUCCGUUGCGUCGCAUCGUCAGCGUCCUCGCCGCAACCUAUGAAGGCGAGAUCGACACCUCCAAUCUUGCCGGCGUGGGCCUUCCGCUGCGAACGUGGCGGAACCAGACGUCGGCGAUGCAGUCACUGCUGCUGUACGAAAUGGCCAGCCACUAUAAUGGUAGCAGCAAACACGGAGCUGCUGCGUCAGGGGAAAUGACGAAUCAUACAAACAUCAGCUUCAUGCAUGUCGCGCCGGGCGUGGUCAAGAGCGGGAUCACGCGCGAGGCGGUACCGUCUUGGGGCAUCACGAUCAUGACGGCGGUUGCGUGGCUGUUGGGACCGUGGGUUCGCGUGUCACCGGAGGAGUGUGGGGAGCGACAUCUGUUUUUGGCGACGAGUGCGGCAUUCCCAGCUGGGCCGGUAAGAGAUGAUCAUGUGCCGGCUGGUGUGUCACUUGGUGCUGGAGUCGAGAUGGCGAGGUCCGUCGAUGGGAAGGUUGGUGGUGGUGGAGUGUACUCGGUUGGUGCACGAACAGAGGUUGCGUCUGCAGCCGUUGAGGAGCUGCUUGCUCGCUAUAGACAGGAUGGCACGGCUAGCAAGGUGUGGGAGUAUGUCAUGGCAGACUUCAGAAGGAUCACUGGCGUCGAGAAAGCGGAGUUGUAA